AUGUCUCUAGUUACAUCUUUUAUUUCUUGUGCUAUUUUUCUGUUGGCUCUUUCAAUGUUUUAUUUAAAUCGUCGGAAUGAACAAGCUCUCUCCGAAUACAAAAACAUGCUCUCAUCACUCAAUGAAAACCAUCUUAUCCAAUUGAUAGAAUCUCAAAACAAUCAUCAUCAUCCUCUCAAAAAAGUGGCUCACGGAAUGAUCGUGAAAGACGAAACUCUUCGAUCUCAAAAGCUCUUGAAAGUGUUGGAAUAUUUCAUAUAUGGUCAUUGCGCAACAACGCUUUCGAGUAAUGAGACCAAUAAUAGUAGAGCCAUACUAGCCAUUCAUGGAAAUGGUUGUACGGGAUCCAUGUUUUCACAAUUUGAAGAAAUGGCUCUCAAGAAUGACAUUUGUAUCAUUGCACCCACGAUACCAGGAUGGGGAUUGAGUCUUUCAUUGCAUGCUGUGACAUUGGAAGAAUUUUCUAAAUUAAUGAAACAAUUACUGGUGGAAGAGAUGAAAAUUGCAAAGUUUAAUGUCAUUGGAGCCUCCAUGGGAGCACCCUAUGCAGCUGCUGUGAGUGCAUUUCUGUCAUCAUAUGUGAACAAUGUGAAUUUAUUUGCUCCUUUUGGAAUGAAAUCGGUCGAUAAUGAACCCUUUGGAGAAUUGAACGCGCUGCAAAGAGCUGCCUAUGAGUUGCUAAUGUCGACCUAUACUCGAGAUUUUCUUGUAGACUGGAUAUUAAUGCCCUUAGUUUUGAAAGAUCCUGUCCAAGCCUUCGAAAGCAUGUAUCCUCACGAAUAUGGAGCCCUUAAGGGAACAGAUCAAGCCAAGUUGAUCAUUGAUGAAAUGAAAAGAUCUGUCAAUUGGACAAGUGUUGGCAUGAAGGAGUCCUCGGUAGUGUUGUUAAGCGAAGAAUGGGGAUUUGAAUUGGAUUCGAUCUGUCAUGUGAGUGGGAAAGUCAUUGUCUCCAUGGCUGAAAACGAUACCAUGAUCUCCAAGAAUAAUCCUCUCUAUUACGUGAAGAAGAUUGCCAAUUCUCAAAAGCAGGCACAGUUGCAAGUGUUGAAAAAUAGGACUCAUUUCAGUUCUGUUCUCGAUCUGGAGAAGGCAUUGCUAGAUUUGACAGAAUAA